GGGCUUAGUCUGACACGCUCAAAUGUGUGAAUCUUCAAACGCCAUCACUAUUUGGCAAAAUGUGACCCAGUCAUAGUUUUAACCAAUUGGUGACUUUGGCACGAAAAUAGGCACUACGUCUUUAUGCAUGUUACCCUGUCAGCAUGCUCUUUCCUGUGAUCAGGACUGACCCCCCUAUAUUUUGUAGUGAUCGUCAGUUUUGUAUGCGGAGUCUCACUGAACUUAAUUCAUUGAGGACCAAUGGUUGAUCACCAUGCUUGUGCAGGCCCAAAGGGUCUCGUAAAUUAAUUUUAUAAAAAGCCUCAUCGACCCCAGAUGCUCGUCAACUAACAACUAACAAUGUCUGGACUUUUUCAAGGAAAUGACUUUUCUCUGAUGAUUAAUGCUUUUUCCAGCGAAAUGCAUAAGAUUGGUGCCUCUUCAGCUUUGGUAUCUGAAUACUCAGAUAUUCUAAAGUUCUAUACUUUGCUUCCUGAAAGCUUGGCCACGGUGGACUCAGAGUAUUGGACCAACUAUGAGGAAAUCACCACUGAGGCCUGGUUCAAGUCCUUUACCAAAGUAUACACCAAUACGGCAUUCUUGGCAUUCGCCACAGAGUAUCCUGCAGCUUUGGCAUCUGCCGUUUCUGAUGGUAAGUUUGGAACUUACGCUGAGGCGCUUGGUACUGUUUUGGACCAAGGCUUGAGUAUAACUGAUUCUGUGUCUGACAUAGCUAUUAGUACUUCUGUUGAAGCCUCGUCCAUUGGUAGUGCAGCUGCUGUGACCAGCAGCGAUGCUUCCUCUGAGGAAACCGAAGCAUCGUCCAAAGCCGUUACUGCGAAGAAGUCUUCUACCUCCACCGCUUCUACUACCACUGAUGAGUCCAGCUCCGAGUCAGGAUCUGAUUCUGCCAGUAGUGGUAACUUGGCCGCUAUGCUUACCCCUCCUUUGGGUGCGGUGGGUCUUUUGUUACUCUCGUUGAUCUAAAAUAUAUGUGUUUCCUCUGGAAUCGGUAGCAUCAUAUUUUUGCAACUCUUGUGCGCGCAAGUCUUGACUCACAAAUAUAUGUUUCUGGAGAACUGACCCUUUGCACAAAUGAUAAAUAGGGUGUCAAUAAAAAUCCGGAACACUGCCGAGAAAUAUGUGUCUGGGGGAGUGGUAAAACAGAUCUCUUUUGGGAUCUCCCUUUUAUCAUGUUUACUCCUUGGCUCCGUGUUAAUCUUCUCUUUGGUGGCGGAGAACUUAAUCCUUGAGUUGGACUUUAAAAUCUUCCACGUUAACUUGAUAAGCUCCUUUACCGUUAUUGGCAUGUACUUAUGUUUACCGAUCUUAGGGUAUCUCUCUGAUGUUUAUGGGAACAACUUACUUUCAUUCAUCGCCAUUUUCACGUUGGUACCAAGCUAUAUUCUCAACUACUUUGCUGUAUUUCAGUUUUCCAAUAAACUUGCCUGGUUUUGCUUCACAUACUGCUUGAUUGGUCUUGGAACUUCUUCCUUGUACUUCCUGAGUUUGCUCACAUGUUCCAAGAUUUACCCUGAAAAAAAAGGAUUGUCAAUAUCGUUACCCGUGACCAGUUACGGGGUUUCAGCAUUAAUAUCCACUCAGAUCUUGAAACUUUCAUAUUUUCAACAAAAUCACCACCUUGACUUACUUCGUGUCUUUAAGUUUUUUGCCAUUCUCUACUUGGUAAUGGGUGUGCUAAACUUUAUGGCCACAUCUAUAAUCAUCGAACGUACACAUAAGAUUGAUGAAAAUACUGAAUUAAUUCCGAUAAGCUCAAUUGAACCACCCAGUCACAAAGCCAAGUUUAUUAGGUUUCUCAAGAGUCCGCUGAUGUACAUUUUGUUGGGGUCAUUGUUUUUGAAUCUUGGUCCUUUGGAAACAUAUCAGAAUAACUUGAACUCUAUUGCAUGGGAAAUAAAUAGGAAAGGAUCAGGGUCGAUUGAUUUAAACUCCCAAAUUAUACUACUUUCCAUAUUCUCAACCAUUACCCGACUUGUUGUGGGAGUUAUGUCCGAUCACAUGAAUAAAAGAGAUAUCUUGAUCGGACUUUUGGCACUUGGCCUGAUUAACCAAGCCAUUUCCUGGAUGAAGUUAACUCCUGAUACAAUGAAUUUCAUUACCGUGAUAGACGGUAUUACGUAUGGGGGGGUGUUUACAAUAUACCCUACAAUUAUUGCCGAGAUAUGGGGUAUCGAGAUGUUAGGGUCGACAUGGGGACUAUUCAUGAUAGCACCGGCUAUUUCUACUAGUUUGUUUUCGUUGGUCUAUGGGUCGCUUCUCGAUAACUUCGGUGAUUUAGUGGUCUACUUUAAAAUCUGCUUCUUCAGCUUUGUUACCAGCACGGCAUUGGUGGUGUGUAUUCGGAACGUCAAGCCCGUUGGACACCAUAUAGCACUUUAGUCUUGUCUAAAUACACGAUUUUUCAUAGUUAGCU